AUUGAUAGAAUGAGUUAGAGAAUCUCACAAACUCUGCUGGAAAAUUCCCUUCUACUUGGCUUUUCCUCUCGCACACUAAUUUCCGUGUGUGAGCCCCGUUUUUCUUUUUAGUUGUUGCAAAUCAAUUCGCAUUUUUAAUUUUCUUCCCAUGUGAUUAAAACAAAAACUAUGUACAGUACACGAUGGGGGUGUGGGGAAUGCAAUAUACAUAUGUAUGUACUGCAAUGUGGGUUACCAGGAGAAUUUCCCGCAUCUCUAGAGAUAGUCAAUUGUGUGUGCUCAAAGUGAAAAGUUUGAAGAAAAGUGAAUUAAAAAAAAAGGUAGAAGGAUCCGUUGAGGGAUGCAGCAGCAGCAAAAGAAACCUGAAGAUACAAAAUUUGAAAGUACCGAAGAUGAAAAGGAGAAAAUUAAGAGCUGCUGGUGCUAUGGAAGUGUUUGCACGGGAUGGCUUCUCUUUCUCUUCAGUGUGGUCAGUAUUAUAAUGAUUGUGGUCUUCCUGAGUAUGAGAGGUGAUCCCGAUUGUCAUGAAUUGAGUGAUUCGGAAUCCGAAGAAGAGGAAUCCACGACAAUUGACAUUGAGCACAGUCCCCCAACGGAUGAUGAGCAUCUCCUGCGUAUUGUGAGUCGCAAUGAGUGGGAAGCAAGACCGGAACUAAAUGAACCCGUACACCUUCAUCUACCCACAAAGAGAGUCAUUCUGGCGCACACAGCUACGGAUAAUUGUACAACAUUGGUGGAUUGCAUAAAGAUCGUCAAGGAUCUCCAGAAAUUCCACAUGGAUACCCACGGAUGGGAUGAUAUUGGGUACAAUUUCCUCGUGGGUGGCGACGGAUCAGCCUACGAGGGACGUGGAUGGGAAAAACAGGGGGCUCAUACGAAAAACUACAACGUCAAUGCCAUUGGGAUUGCCUUCAUUGGAACAUUCAAUAAAGUAACACCACCCGAGGAGCAACUUCGUGCCUUCCGGAAUCUCCUACAGUGGGGCAUUGACAGCAAAAAACUCGAUGAGAUGUACAAACUCUUUGGGCAUCGACAAUUCUCACCCACAAGUAGCCCUGGACAGGUUCUCUACGACAUCAUCAAGAAAUGGCCCCAUUGGUCUGAGAACAUCAACUAAUAAUUCCAAACAGGUUUUUAUAAGUCGUAAGAAUAAGUAAUCGUGAUAACCUUGAUUAGAUUUUAGUCUAUAAUACAAAAAAAAAUGAUGAAGAAUUCUCUGAAGAUAUCCCAUCAACUAUUCAAUAAAUUCACAAAAGAAUUCAUUGCCAAAAAUUUAGUUUUUUUCUCAAGUUUUUUUUGAUGCGAAACAACGAAAGAAAAAACACGUAGAAUAGACAGAAUAAAGUUGGAAAUGCAAAAAAGAAUUUCCCACUAAACUGUGUAUAAUUUGCCACAACACCUCCACAAUUAUUUUAAAUUACUCAAAGGAAAAUUUCAUUCUAUUGUUCCUCAUUUCUGGCUGAGAGAUUUAUUAUACUACAUACAGAAAACAUAAAUAAAAUGCUGCGAUAGUUUGUAAAGCUUGUAAAGUGUUUAAAAAAAUACUUUUGCUUUUCGUAAAGAAAUUCCGGGAAAAAAACUAAAAAGAAAUAUAUUUUGAGAGAAUUUAUUUGAGAAGAAAAAUUAGAAAUUUAUGCAAUAUGUUUAGAAGAAAGAAAUUGAUGAAAAGAAAAAAAUAUCAGGCGCAACUCUGUAAAAAUCUUUUCUUUAUUUUCUUACAACUGAAAAGAUAAAAGAUUUUAACAGUUCGCUUGUCAAUUGUUCUUUUGUGGUACUUUAAAAGGGAAAAUUUGAGGAUUUUUCACUUUGCACCGAAGCUGCAUCCUAUAGGCGAGUGGAGUAGCCAAUAGAAAUGUUUUGUCUGAAUUUACCAGCCAAUCAGAACUCGUUUAAAAUGAGAAUUCUUCUUCUUAUUCAUUAACACUUCAUUUUCGAGAUAUUUUGUAAAUAUAGUGUAAUUAGAACGAUUAGGAGGAAGUUCUGUCCGAAACUAAAGCUUUGGAGGUAGAUUCCGAUAAAAAUCUUUUUUUUUCUGACAGAUGAGUGUUUUUAAAUCGUUCUAUUGAGGUUCUAGAAUAGAAAAAUAAAGAAUUUGUUGUACAAGAAAAUAGUUAGAAAGAGGCCUGGAAAAGUAAUUUUCCUUAAAAAAAAAUCAAUUAUUAAUAGAAAUAAAAUGUCAAAAUCCUAUAAGAUUUUUCUCAGAAUACCAAAAAUCUUUGACGAAUUGUAAGAAAAGAAAAGAUUUUUAUCAGAACCUACCCCUUGGUUUAAAGUUAAUUCUAUAACAAAAAAUCAAAAUUUUCAAAGGAUUAUUUUUCAGAAAUAUUAAUAAAAAUUAAUUUUAACGAUUUUAUCACCCUAAAACAUGUGGAAGAAAGUCUAUCUGUCUGUGGCAAAUAAACACCUUCAAAACGGCUGGACCGAUUACAAAUCAACAAGAAUCUUUAAAGAAAAUUAAUUUUUAAGAUGAUUCUAAUAAAAAUUUCUUUUGCGCUCAAUUUAUAAUGAAUUUCCAAUGCUCUAAAAUCACAAAGCAUAAAAUUCACUGAGAAUAUCAAUGCGGAAACUUUCCGGAAAAUAUUUUAAAAUCAAAUUAAUUUUUAUCACCUGAAGCAUUCAGCAAUAAAAAUAAAACCAUUACACUUUAGGUACCAACAUAAAAUAAAGUAAUAAUAAAACUAUAUAGAAUAGUGAA